UUCGACGAGAGGCAUAUCGUGUGCUAGUCAAGGCAUGUGCUCGCCAGUUUACCUCAGGAUCUCGAACCGGUCGCGACGCUACGUUCGGAAGAUUCCAAAUAUUCGAGUUAUACGAGUCGUACGAGGUCAAAGCUUGAGAAGCUAAUCCUUAGCUAAUAGAUUCAAAAUUUUCUAUUAUUUUUCUUAUUCCUUCCUCUUAUCCUUUUCACUUUUCUUAUUAAAUUUUUCUCGGAAAGAGUGAAGAUUCCUUUGGAGGAUUUGAUUUUCAAAAAAUGGGAACGCAAAUGCGAAGCGUCGUCACCGGUGAACUUGCCACGUCCACCAAAGAUAUAUCUUGGUCGACCACGGAAACACCUCUCACACCGGAAGAGGAGGAUGCGAUCGUAACUUUGGUUGUCGUAGUAAUUGGUGUAAUCGUCACUAUUGUUAUUUUAUUUUCAAUGGGAAUUUUUAUCGAUUGUAAACAUCAGAAAAAGGAAACAUUCAAGAAGAGAAAACCGAGACUAAAAAUGCCACAGAUUGCGCGUGUUCGAAGAACACAACCUGAUGACGUUAAGUCCUUUGCCUCUGAUAUGUGUCCGAACGAUAUAACCGAUUCAGCGUUUUCAACGAGAGAUGCCAUAGUUUGAUUUUUUGCGAUUAAACGAUUCUCUUUUCGUGUUGACUAAUAUAAGUGCACGAGUUUCGCUCGAAACAGUCGAACGUACUGAAACAAUUAAUGAGUUUCUUCUACGAACUUACGAGAAAAUUUCACAAACAACGUUUAUAGGAUAUUGUAUAUCUACUACUACUACUACUACUACUACUACUACUACUACGAAGUCGAACGACAUAGUGUUUUAUCGCUGUGAUUUAUGCAAUCUUCUCUUACGUAACUCUUCUUUAUCGUGCUUUUUUUUUCAUUGAAAAGCAAGAAAAAGUAGGUACCGAUUUGUUAAAACUAACGAACUAUCGAUCAUUGAUCGAUGGAUGUCUUUCGUCAGUUGUUCUAUACGGUUCUAUACGCUGGGUUACGUCUCGAUUAUCGAUUUUCAGAUAUAAAUUGAAUGGAGAAUACACAUUCAACAAGUUUAGAACUAUCGUAACCAACGACCGCCUUACCGAAAAGGUUAAACAAAUAGAGAAAGUAUAUUGUUGAAAAUAUUUGAUACAUGUCUCUCAACAAGCUAUCAUUAAUAUUUCUCUAGAAAUGUUCUAACUUUUAUAUAUAUAUUUAUAUUUAUAUAUAUAAAAGAAAACUAAUUAUUACCAAUGAAAAUCUUCUCUCUUACGAUCUUUGAUAAAUGACCAUGACUUCGUAAGAAGGGGUCUUGGCCUUGCGUUCGCUUGCUCCAUUUCACAUCGGAGAUACCGAAGUGAAGCAAGAAAAAAAAUUUGGUCGUGACCUUGUUUAAUCUGAAUCGGAAAAGACAUAUGUGUGUAUGAGAUAUAGAGAGAAAGAGAGAGAGAUAGAGAGAGAGAGAGAGAGAGAGAGAGAGAGAGAGAGAGAGAAAGAGAGAGAGUGAGAGAUAGAGAGAUAGAUAUGAAAUGCUGCGCGUGUUGUUUGACUACUUAAACUUACGAAUCACGUAUGGUGGAUUACGAGAAUGCGUGACUGUAUCUAUUUAUGAUUGUCUCUAUACUUGAAGAAAUGUUCUUGUGUGCCUUGUGAUUAUUAUAAUUAUUAAUUGUUGUAGUCAUGUUGGUAAGCUCUCGAAUUACACUUUAGUAUUAUUUACGCGUAAAUUUUAUUUUAUAUAAGUAAUCAAAGAAAUUUUGCAAUUGUUUUAAAACAUAGCGGGUUUUUAACGUAAUAAGUAAUAAAAGACGGUUAACGUCGCAAAUUUUAUUGCAUCGAUGACGAUAUCGAUAGAUAAAGCACGAUACAUAAAAUCUGUCCUUUUAAACGACAACAAACCCUACAUGUUUAAUUGUUAAAGCGAUAGAUGUUCUUCGUGUGAACAUUUUUUUUUUUUUUUUUAUAAUAAUCUUAUGCCAAAAGUAUUUGUAAAUUAUUGUGCAUUAUCUUUACCUAUUAUAGAUUAAUGCCUAUUUAUAUAUGAUAUGUGUAUAUAUAUAUAAAUAUACACUUAUAUAUAUAUAUAUACUUAUAUAAGUAUAUAUAAUAUAUAAGUAUAUAUAUAUAUAUAUUUAUAUAUAU